AUGGAUCCCGGUACAUACGGUCACGGCCACGGCAUCCAGUUUGUGCAGAAGAAGGCGCCGAUUCGGCGUCCUCGGAAGGCCUGUACCAUAUGCCGUGGUCUCAAGACUCGCUGCUUGCCUGAUGGCGAUGAUAAGGACCCCCAGUCCUGUUGCUCACGGUGUGCGCGACUCAGUCUCCAGUGCGAGUAUUCGCGGGCCCGACGAGGAAGGAAGACCAGCGACAAUGAACACAAUUCGCCCCCCUCUGGCGAGUCGUUGAAGGAGUCGCAUAUGCCAAACAGACUGGGCCCGGGCAAUAAUGGCUUUGCCUCCCAGCGCGGCAAGUGGGACCUGAUGUCGGCCUACGACAACAACCCGAGUAGUGACGGGCGCAUGUUUUCCUCUGCCAUGCUCGACAACAAGAAUCCCCAGUGGCCCCAGCCCCAGCCACGCAAUAGCCUGAUCCAGAAUGCGGACGACCACUCUCCCGUCAUGUACCCGACGUCAAACGGCUCCGAGACACAUCCGUCACCCCUUGCGCCCUACAACCUCCUCCCUGGUAGAAACCCGACCGGGUUCACAGAUUACCUCAACCCUCAAAUCCAUCUGAUCGAUGGACCACAGGUCCCGUUCAGUGGACGGACUGUCGAGGAGAAUGCUGAUCGCUUGACUCCUGAAGGCUUCCCCAACCGUUACGCUACACCAAUCGACGCUGGGUUCAUAUCCGACGCCGACGCUCGCCAGCUCUUCGCCUUUACCGCCAACCCAGCUCGUUCUCUCAAAAACGGAGUGACCGACGAAGAUGAUCGUCGCAAGGCGGACAUCGAGCGUACCGUGUUCUGGUGUUUUACCCAUGACAUUGUGAUCUCGCACGCUCUCCAGCUCCCUAUUUCUCAACCCUCGUUAGCACCCACAGCAGACCAGGUUUACGAGUGGGCCGAGUCAAACCGGCACUUGAACUUGCCAAGCGACUAUUUUGCUGCGUUCAACGCUGGUCUGUGGGAGGCCCAUUCGUCGUUCCGUGCCUAUCCGCGCUUCUUGAUUGAGGGGGCACCGGUUAGGUAUACGCCUCAAGGUUACGCAAUCCUCACAAGCCGUCUGGAGCAGCACAUGAACAGGUUCCACAACCACCCUAUGCUCACGCAGGAACCGUUUGUUACACUCUGCAAGCUGAUGGGCGACUCUGCCAUCCUCAAGAUACGCACCCUUGGAUGGCUGCAGAACCUCUCACCCGGAACGAAUUCAACCACGAUUAUCAAGCUGUGCGAGGACUUUGUGGAUGCGAGCAAGAACUUUACCCCAGACGAGUUGAGGCACUGCUCGAGGAUCAUGAUCCAGAUUGCCAAUGCCAUUGGUGAUUUCGCGAAUCGUCGCGGGGCCGAGCUCCAUAUGCCAACUCUUGAACAGUUUUACCGCCAUCUUGUGCAAAGCAUUAACCGCCAACUUGAUGGUAACGAGAUGACACCAGCGACGUCGCUGCAGAAUUUUGGCCACAACCAGUGGUCCGGGUUGUCCGCCGAGCUUGCCUCUGCCCCGGCUGCCCCUGUUGUGCUGGGAGACCAGAAUGCGUCUGUGCAAGAGUGGCCGUGGACCAAUGUGUUCAAAAUGGUUCCAUCCUGGGACACGACUGUGCUUCAGUAG